AUGUCGAACAAUGACAAUGUCAUGGCCAGAUUCCUGUUUGCCAUUUUGCAACAGAAGAAUCUCAAAGAUAUCGACUGGAACAAAGUUGCUAGCAACCCAAUACUCGCCCAAGAGAUCACCAACGGCCAUGCUGCACGGAUGAGAUACUCACGUUUCCGCUCAGCCAUGCUGGGUCUCGAACCCCAACGACGUAACCGUUCUACCAAAGAGAAGCCAAACCGAGUCACCAAGUCCAAGAAGGAGCCGAAGGAUCAAAAGUCCAAGAAGGAGGAAGCCAUCAAGACCGAGUCACUCAAGAACCUCGCCAAUGCUACGAUCAGCCCGUCCCAAAGCCCAGCCAUUCCGAUGAGGAUCAAACAAGAAGGUGGUCCUUCGACUUACCACAACAACCGAAUGACACCAACACCCAUCCCCAUGAUAUCUGCUGCACCAACACCGCAUACCAUUCAGCCUCGACUCCUCACUCCUUGCAGCGACACUGAUGGCUUCCCGGCAUCACCUGCCGUUACUGCCAGCCCUACAGCGGAGAUGCUUAACCCCCAACCCUCCUAUGACUUUCCCAUGGGUCAUUUCAGCCAUGAUCCUCCCAUGUGGUCAAACUCCUCUCCCAUGUUCCCUCCCUAUGAGCACUCAUUCACAUUUGAGCCGAUCCCUAUCUCCUUGGAGCAUCAGGCCAUGCACCACCACAGCGGAUGUGCGACCGUCCCAUCGGAGACUCAGGCUCAGGGUGAAUAUGUUCAUGUCAAGCACGAACACUGGGAUAAUCACUGUACUUGA